GCAUGCGCAGGUGAUGUGUUUCUAAGCGGUUGGAUAGUCUGUCCGCGGUGCAAAGUGACUGUUGUAUCAAUCAAGUUGAUUUUCCACCACUAUUUUUGUUGUUGUUGUACAAUGGAUUUAGACAGUGGAACAUACGAACCCGGAUUUGUUGGGAUACGUUUUUGUCAAGAAUGUAAUAACAUGUUGUACCCGAAAGAAGACAAGGAGAACCGUGUCCUGCUGUAUGCGUGCAGAAAUUGCGACUACCAACAAGAGGCAGACAACAGCUGCAUAUAUGUCAAUAAGAUCACCCACGAGGUUGAUGAAUUGACACAGAUCAUCGCUGAUGUGUCUCAGGAUCCAACUCUACCAAGAACAGAGGAUCACCCUUGUCCCAAAUGUGGUCACAAGGAGGCAGUGUUCUUCCAGUCUCACAGUAUGAAAGCUGAGGAUGCGAUGAGACUAUACUACGUCUGCACAGCUCCUCACUGUGGACACAGGUGGACGGAGUAAAGCUGGCGAAGGUGAAGAGGUCGGACAUUUGCAUCUACAGUAUUUCUGUUCCAAAAAAGCUCCAGUGGACAAUUAUUUUUCCUACCAGUUUGUUGUUAAACAGAAGCUUGUAGAUUCUGAAAUGAUCGGAUUGUGAAUAUAUUUUUUUAGCAGUUGUCAUUUUCAAAUGUGUUUCAUUAGAUUAAAAGGAAUCAUUUGUUUCAAA